CAACUUUUCUUGAAUUUAUCAGCCACUAUAUCCAAACAUAUGGAUCAUAUUAUUAGCAUGUCAGCUUUCCUUUUAACCUGCCUUCUUGUAUUUGCCUCAGCUCUGAUUGUACAUGGUGCCACGGGAUCACUUUGUAGCCAAACACCCUAUCCCGAGUUAUGUACUUCAUUCAUGGUUUCCCAUAAACCUGAUCAAGAAACAACCUCGUCUAUAGUACAUCGUGACUCCGCCCUUUCAGCCACAAUGGCUCAGGCGGUACAAGCCCACAGGCUUGUAUCAGACAUGGACACAAGCUCCUUUGAAGAGCGUGCCAAGUCCGCUUGGGCUGAUUGUUUGGAACAUUAUGAGGAUAGCAUACACCAGAUCAACCGUUCCAUGUCUACAGAUAAACGCGACAAAAGUAAUAAUAAUGUCCAAACUUGGUUAAGUUCAGCCCUUACCAACCACCAAACUUGCCAAGAUGGUUUUACAGAUUUCAAUUUAUCUACUACUUAUUCAAAUUCCUUUCCUCUAAAUAAUUUCACAAAAUUCCUUGGCAACUCUCUUGCCAUAAAUAAAGCGCUAAUGUCUUCACAAACUUUCGGUCUAUCUAGUGGAAACUCAAAAGGGCGGCACUUACUAGCUCAAGAUAUGCCAGAGUGGAUUUCAGUCAGUGACCGUAAGCUUCUUCAGGCUACAGCACCGAAGCCUGAUCUGGUGGUUGCACAAGAUGGAUCAGGUCAUUACAGGACCAUUUCUGAAGCCGUGGCAGCAGCAAGAACCGGGACAAAGAGAUUUGUGAUAUAUGUGAAGAAAGGAGUGUACAAAGAAAACGUGGAGAUCAAGAAAUCAGUGAAGAACUUGAUGCUUGUUGGAGAUGGAAUGGAUGCCACAGUUGUAACUGCCAGCAAAAGUAAUGCAGAUGGCUCCACGACCUUCCGCUCAGCAACCUUUGCUGCUUCAGGAGAUGGACUAAUUGUCCGCGGAAUGACUUUUGAGAACACAGCAGGGCCACAAAGCCACCAAGCGGUUGCACUGCGAUCUGGCUCUGAUUUAUCUGUUUUCUACAGCUGCAGCUUCAAGGGUUAUCAAGACACUCUCUACGUAUACUCCCAACGCCAAUUCUACCGCAACUGUGACAUUUAUGGAACUGUGGACUUCAUUUUUGGCAACGCUGCUGCAAUCAUGCAGAACUGCAACAUCUACGUAAGAAAGCCAAUGAGCAAUCAGUUUAACACAGUAACCGCACAAGGCAGGACAGAUCCUAAUCAGAAUACGGGUAUUGUGUUGCAUAAUUGUCGGAUUACAGCAGCUUCAGAUUUAAAAACAGUUCAGGGUUCAUUCAAAACGUAUCUUGGAAGACCAUGGAAGCAAUAUUCAAGGACAGUCGUGUUAAAAAGUUUCUUAGACGGCUUGAUUCAUUCAACUGGUUGGCUGCCAUGGAGCGGCGAUUUUGCUCUCAAAACAUUGUAUUAUGGUGAAUUUAUGAAUAGCGGAAGUGGUGCAGGAACUGGAGGAAGGGUGAGAUGGCCGGGAUACCAUGUCAUCACAGGCGUUCAAGAGGCUGAAAGAUUUUCGGUCAGGAGCUUCAUUGGUGGCGAUUCAUGGCUUGCAGCCACCGGAGUGCCAUAUACAUCCGGAUUGUGAUUAAGAUGUCCUAGGCAAGUGAAAUAAAGUGUAACCAUAUUUAGACUAUUUAGUUGGCUUAAUUUGGUUUUGGUUUUUCGGUUCAGUCCUUGUGUGACCAUAUUUUAUGUAACAGAGUAAUACUCCUUUUUUACGUUAACAGAGUAGUACAUUUGUGCAUUGCAUUAAGAUCAUAUAUUCAUAUGAGAUCUCAUAAACAUGAUAGAUGACAAAAACUUUGAACUCAUAAGCUUAUACAUAAUAACCAAGUUCAGAUCCCAGAGGUUCAUGAUCAAGGUAAUUGCAGUCAGCAGAGAG